CAAUGAGUUAAGGCAGGAUGAAGAAGAGUUCAGAGCCUCCAAGUAUUCCUGAUUUCACUGGUAGAUGGGUGUUAGACCGGACCGAACUGUUGGAAGAGUACAUGAAACAGAGCUUAGGGACAGAUCACGUGAAACACAAGUUUCCUAAAGAUAUGACUGUUGUUAAUGAGAUUACUCAAAUUGGAAACAACUUCCGACUCAAGAUAAUGACAAGAGGAGGGGUGAGUGAGACUUGUUUUGAAGUUGGAGAAGCGUGGCAAGAACAAGACAGCACAUCAGACACCUGCAGUGUAACAAGUAAGUGGAUGAACAACAAGCUAGUGACAGUAGCAGAAGGACGGAAGACAGUGACAGUUACACGGGAACUGAGAGGGGAGUUCAUGAUAACUACCAUGAAGUGUAAGAAUGCUACCUCCAGGUGUAUCUUCAGUAGGGAUACUAAGAGUAAAUAGAGAAAGGGAUGGAGCAGAGAGAGAGAGAGAAAAAGGGGUGCAGCAGGUAUUGUAUCUUGGUUGGCCUGGGUUAUAGUAAAUAAAUUCAGCAACCAAAGGCAAUGACCAAUUACUAGUCAUGAGAGGUAUAUCCAGUCCCUUUUCACUUGUCGUUAAAGUUACGGCUUUAAAAUCUACAUUAUUUUAUUAGAGCACUUCAGCUGGGUGAAUAUCCUUUUAUACUCAUUAAUUAUACCACUGUUUAUUUAUUUUCAGACAUAUUUACAUACCAGAACCUUUAUUAACCGACUUUUAUAAGCAGAUGUAUAUAAUAAUAAUAUUUGUGUAAAGUAAUUGUAAUACUAUUUAUCCUACAUGUAGUAAAUCAGAUCUUUAGCCAUGUUUUUAACCCUUACUUAGUUUAGCUUGUGAUAUUGUACAGAAAUUAACCUAUUGUUAAGUUAUUGCAUGUAAAGUAACAUUAUUUUGUUUAUUUUGCGUCUUUAAUAGUGAUACUGCACUAAACUAAUCACUAUCAAAACACGUAUAUCUAAUCUCUAAAUUAGCUGUAACCAAUCUCUAAACAAACACCAACUAAAUUCUAACCAAUCUCCAACUAAAUCCUAAAAACUAACUAAAUUCUAACCAAUCUCCAACUAAAAACUAACUAAAAUCUAACUAAACACUAAUGAAGCAGUUAAGAUGGCGUUAGAAAUAGAAUCAGCAGAUGUUAUUAGGUUGGUCCUCCAGUACUUCAAAGAAAACAACCUUCCUCGUACCUUCUCUACCCUACAAGAGGAAACAGGUAUAACCCUAAACACAGUGGACUCUAUAGAGAGCUUCACCUCGGACAUCAACAACGGACACUGGGACACAGUGCUCAUAGCAAUACAGUCCCUGAAACUCCCUGAUAACAAGUUGAUAGAUUUGUACGAGCACAUAGUUCUGGAGCUGAUAGAGUUGAGAGAGCUGAGCGCUGCUAGGUCCUUGUUGAGACAGACUGAUCCCAUGAUCAUGUUGAAGCAGCUUCAACCUGAUAGGUAUAUCCACUUAGAGACACUACUAGCUAGGAGCUACUUCGACCCCAGAGAAGCUUACCCUGAGGGUAGCAGUAAAGAGAGGAGAAGAGCAGCUAUUGCUCAGGCUCUAGCAGGUGAGGUGAGUGUGGUGCCUCCAGCCAGAAUGUUAGCUCUGUUGGGACAAGCCCUGAAGUGGCAGCAACACCAGGGUCAGCUGCCUCCUGGCACCAGUAUUGACGUCUUCAGAGGUAAAGCAGCAGUUAAGGAUGAAGAGGAAGAGAAGUACCCUACUCAGCUUUCCAGAACAAUAAAGUUCGGAGGGAAGUCUCACCCGGAGUGCUGUAAAUAUUCCCCUGAUGGUCAAUACCUGGUUACUGGAACUCUGGACGGGUUCAUCGAAGUCUGGAACUUUACCACAGGUAAGAUAAGGAAGGAUCUGCGGUACCAAGCCCAGGAACAGUUCAUGUUAAUGGACGACGCAGUGAGCUGCAUGAACUUCUCCCGGGACAGCGAGAUGUUAGCCACUGGCUCCCAGGACGGCCGAAUCAAAGUGUGGAAGAUCCAGGCUGGUCAGUGUCUGAGGAGGUUUGAAAAGGCUCACACCGCGGGAGUGACCUGUAUCACCUUCUCCCGGGACGGUUCUCAGUUACUCAGUGCCAGCUUCGACCAGACCAUUAGGAUUCACGGCCUGAAGUCUGGUAAAACUCUCAAAGAGUUCCGAGGUCACUCCUCCUUUGUAAACGAGGCUCAGUUCACAGCAGACGGGCACACCAUCAUCAGUGCUAGCUCAGACGGAACAGUAAAAGUGUGGAGUUUGAAGAGCACAGAAACCAUGAACACGUUUAAACCAGCUCUGGGCAGCUCCGCUUCAGAGAUCACCGUUAACAGUAUCCAUCUCCUGCCCCGGAACACCGAGCAGUUUGUGGUCUGUAACCGGACCAACACGGUCUCCAUCAUGAACAUGCAGGGUCAGAUUGUCAAGUCCUUCAGUUCGGGUAAACGUCAAGGAGGAGACUUUGUGUGCUGUACCUUGUCGCCGCGGGGGGAGUGGAUCUACUGUGUGGGGGAGGAUCACGUGUUGUAUUGUUUCUCUGUUAGUACGGGCAAGUUGGAGCGGACUCUAACUGUGCACGAGAAGGAAGUCAUUGGGAUCACUCAUCAUCCUCAUCAGAACCUUAUUGCUACCUUCUCCGAGGAUGGCACCCUUAAACUGUGGAAACCUUAGGUUUUAAGAUUGUCACGUGAUUUAUCACUUUGUAUUGACGAGAACAGUUUAACACGAGGGUUCACCACCAUGUUACUUAACACUUCCGUGGUGGUUGUUUCCUGGUAAGCCGUGGAUUCUGAUCACAGUAUUUUAUUUUCAAAUUAUUCAGUUUUAUAUGAUUGUUUGGUGACCCUAUUAGGGUACUCAAUAUCAUCUUGUUUGGGAUUCAGCAACAACUUGUCGCUAUUUGACCAACUUUGAAUUGUCUUCAAGCAAUACACCAUCAAAUGAUGCUUAAUCGUAUUAGCGUCACUGCCUUUAAGCAAAUAAUUGAUAUUUGAAACGAUCAUUUUAAGGCAUUUUAUAAUUACAUUUAUGACAAUCGUAUUAUUCAUUCUCUU